CUUAUAGCUUGGGUUCCAAUAUCCAUUAGGAAGGCGACCAAGCAAUCCCUUUUACUCGCAAGCUUAAUUUACCCGCUCCUCUCGACUCUCUCUCAUCUUUCGAUUCUCCAUACUUAUUGGUAGUCUAGUCCAGUAACAAAUCUCAGGCUUUUCAGCCUUGCUCUAUUUACUUGGAACGGGAGAGGGUGGAGAAAAGCCAAGACAAGCUAUGGAGGAGAGUUCUUGCAAACGUCAAUGCGAGCCAUGGAGGGUCCUUGAAUUCUACAGUGGCAUUGGUGGCAUGAGGUACUCGAUCAUGAAGGCUGGUGUGAAUGCCAUGAUAGUGGAAGCUUUUGACAUAAACGAUUUAGCAAAUGAUGUUUAUGAGUACAAUUUUGGUCACCGACCCUGCCAGGGUAACAUUCAAACCUUGAGUGCUGCUGAUCUUGACAGCUAUUGUGCUCAAGCAUGGCUUCUCUCUCCUCCUUGCCAACCAUACACGCGACAAGGUCUUCAAAAGGGCUCAGCUGAUGCUCGGGCAUCUUCUUUCCUGAAAAUUCUUGAACUUAUACCAAAAUCUUCACAACCUCCUCUCAUGAUAUUUGUGGAGAAUGUUGUUGGGUUUGAGACCUCCGAUACUCAUAGUAUAAUGAUUGAGAUGUUGGCAAAAGCUGCUUUUGUUACACAGGAAUUCAUUCUGAGCCCAUUGCAGUUUGGUGUCCCAUAUUCUAGGCCACGUUACUUCUGCCUGGCCAAAAGAAACCCUUCUUCCUUUCAAUGUCCACUCUUCAACAACCAGCUGCUUUGGGCCCCAGGUCCAUUACUUGACAAUGAUGCAAACAAUAUGGUUAACGAAUGUAAGCAACCUCAGGAGAGUUACGAUCAGUGGCUUCCAGCUUGCGAGCCCUUGGAAAAUUUUCUUGAGUUUAAGAAUCAUACCAACCAAGUGGAAAUGAGUUCUUCCUUCAAGCUAACAACCAUUGUUUCUAUAGAAGUUUCUGAAGGUGAUGAAGGAAAUGGGUCUGACUUUACCAGUGCAAGCCAAUACUUCGUACCUUUGAGCUUGAUAAAGAGAUGGGGAGCUGCGAUGGAUAUUGUCUAUCCUGAUUCGAAGCGCUGCUGUUGUUUUACGAAAAGCUACUAUCGAUAUGUUAAGGGUACUGGCUCGCUUUUGGCAACUGUCCAGCCAAAGACAGAGUCUGAAGCAUCUUCAUUGGAGGAGCGACACUUACGAUAUUUUACCCCGAGGGAGGUUGCCAAUCUGCAUUCUUUCCCGAAGGAUUUCCGCUUUCCUCCACGAAUAAGCAUUCGACAACGUUAUGCAUUGUUGGGGAACAGCUUGAGUGUAGCUGUGGUUGCUCCAUUGCUUGGGUAUCUAUUCACUGAGCCGUCGUGAUUAUCCUAGUCAGAAGCUCUACGGAUGCACUGGCGAAAAACAUGAAUACAUGUGAACGAAGUAAUCAAAUUUUGACCUGACCUUUGGAGUUUCUUACCGUUGAGGCAGGUGUGAAGUCUAAAUGAUCGAAAGCUCAGACUUUCACAGCUGUCAUUUGGGGCAGAGUAAGAAUUAAGUCAUGCUAGCAAAUGAACGAUGCAUGAGGUUGCUACUCAAAAGGAGUAGUUUGUGCAAGUGUUCGUUGAAUGACACCAUUGUAGGAUUUAAUUUGAUAGGUUUUUGACAGUCUUAUGGAAUGAUACGUCAAUACGGUGAGUUAUCGAAUGGCACAUAAAUCCAGGCUCGUGAAAAGAAUUUCAUUUUUUUUUUUUGAUAGGCACAUGAAAACAAUUUCUUUUUGAAUAAACUUGAAUCGUUUUCUCU